UUACAGAAAAGCUUAAUUCCAUUUCUGACGUCUUUGCAACAAAUGAUCUUGAUUAUGGACAUACCACAGCAGUUAAGCACAAAAUUCGACUUUUUGACCCAACCCCUUUUAAACAACGGGUGAGACCUAUCCAUCCUUCUGAUUAUGAGGCUGUUAGAUUACAUUUACAGGAACUCAAAGAUGCAAACAUCAUUCGGGAGUCUGAGAGUCCAUUCGCCUCACCCAUAGUGGUGGUAAAAAAGAAAAAUGGGUCCAUCCGCCUCUGUGUAGAUUAUCGGAAGUUGAAUAAUCAAACAAUAAAGGAUGCCUAUGCACUGCCCAACAUUGAAGAGACGUUCUCCGCCUUAACAGGAUCUAAAUGGUUUUCAGUUAUGGACUUGAAAUCUGGGUAUUAUCAAGUCGAGGUAGAAGAGGAGGACAAACAUAAGACAGCAUUUGUGACACCAAUGGGUUUCUGGGAAUUUAACAGAUUGCCACAAGGGGUCACAAAUGCACCCAGCACUUUCCAACGUGUCAUGGAAAAAUGUGUGGGCAGCCUGCACCUGAAAGAAGUUCUUGUCUUUCUUGACGAUCUAAUUGUUUUCUCAAACAGUCUGGAGGAACAUGAAGAACGCCUCAUGAGAGUCUUAAACAGAUUAAAAGAGUUCGGUCUUAAGCUUUCUCCUGAUAAGUGUCAUUUCUUCAUGAAAUCAGUGAAGUAUCUUGGCCACAUUGUUUCGGAAAACGGUGUGGAGACUGACCCAGAUAAAAUCUCGGCACUUACUACCUGGCCGAAACCCACUAACAUCCGUGAACUGAAAUCAUUCUUAGGAUUCACUGGGUAUUAUCGGAGAUUUGUCCGGGACUACUCAAGGAUUGCAAAGCCUCUAAAUGCACUUACGGCUGGUUAUUGUCCACACCGGAAGAAAAAAGAUUCCAGAUCUCCCUCCAACAUUGACUUUAAGAAGCCUUUUGGUAGCAGGUGGACACCAGAGUGUGAUGUUUCUUUUCAGACUUUAAUUGAGAAGCUCACCAGCGCUCCAGUGUUAGGGUUUGCAAAUCCUAAGUUGCCGUACAUCCUUCACACAGAUGCCAGCCUGCAAGGCCUGGGAGCUGCCUUAUAUCAGGAGCAAGAAGGCCAUCUGAGGGUUAUCGCAUUUGCCAGCAGGGGGCUAUCAAAUUGUGAGAAACGUUAUCCCACCCACAAGCUGGAAUUUUUAGCCUUAAAGUGGGCCAUAACUGAAAAAUUCUAUGAUUACUUGUAUGGAGUGGAGUUUGUUGUCAUGACAGAUAAUAACCCACUGACGUAUAUAUUGACAUCAGCCAAGCUCGAUGCUGCUGGACACCGUUGGCUUGCUUCUUUAUCAAAUUUCAAUUUCAGCCUUCAAUAUAGAGCAGGAAAGAAAAACCUGGAUGCCGAUGGCCUGUCCCGUCGACCACACCCUCAAUCAAAUGCAGAUUUCAGUUGUGAAGCUGAAGAUGACCGUGUUUCUCAAUUCCUUGCUCAGUUUAUGAGAGAAGGGAAUGGAACCUCAUUUCCAAGUGAAGCAGUGAAAGCCAUUGGCAGGAGACAUCAGUUGCAUGAGCUUGAAAGGGAGGAAGGAGAAGGAGAUCCGAUACUUACUGCUGUGGAGUGUUUGGCCAUGAAUGCUGAUGCCAUUCCAACUGAGUUUGUGCAGGCAGAUUUACUUCCUGGGUCGAGCACUCUCCCCAUGAUGUCACCGCAAGAGUGGAUUGCUGAACAGUCACAGGAUCCUAUGAUAAGCAGAGUGAUUGAACUUUUAAAAACUGGCAAACAACUCUCUUACCGCGUCAGACGUAGAGAACCCAGAGAAGUGCAGUUGAUGCUCAGAGUUAUGGACCAAUACACCUUCAUAGAUGGAGUACUAUACAGGAAACGUACUGACCGAGGAAAUCAGUUCCAUCAACUUGUCCUUCCACAGAAGUUCAGAGAAAUUGCACUGGAAGCCCUGCAUGAUUCAGUAGGUCAUAUGGGAGGAGAGCGUACUUUGGAUCUGGUCCGCACCCGCUUUUACUGGCCAAGGAUGUUUCUAGAUGUGGAACACAAAGUCAAUACAUGUGAAAGGUGCAUCAGGAGAAAAGCCAAAGCCCAAAGAGCAUUCCCUUUAGUUAAUAUAGAGACCAGCAGACCUCUAGAACUUGUCUGUAUGGACUAUCUCUCUCUCGAACCAGAUGGCCGUGGUACAAAGAACAUCCUCGUCAUCACGGACCAUUUUACUAAAUAUGCAGUGGCAGUCCCAACAUCUGACCAAAAAGCCAAAACCGUGGCUAAAACUCUGUGGAAUAACUUCUUUGUACACUACGGGAUCCCAGAACGUUUGCACAGCGAUCAAGGACGUGAUUUUGAAUCGGCUGUAAUAAAAGAUCUUUGUCUCUUGUUAGGGAUAAAGAAGACGCGAACUACUCCUUACCACCCGCGUGGAAAUCCCGUAGAGCGGUUCAACCGCACACUGCUUCAAAUGCUUGGAACCCUUCAAGAGGAAGAUAAAGUGAGAUGGCGUGAUCAUGUUCAACCGCUGGUACACGCCUAUAACUGUACCAAGAAUGACACAACUGGUUUCUCUCCUUACCAGUUAAUGUUUGGGAGACAGCCAAGCCUUCCCAUUGAUGUGGCUUUUGGUAUUCAACCAGAAGGAGGAAAGAAAGUUACUUUCAAUGAGUACAUCAAGAAGCUGCAGGAAAGUUUACAGGAAAGUUACAAGGUUGCUGUUGAGCACAGUAAGAAAACAGCCCUUCGUAACAAAGAGAGGUAUGACCUGAAAGUAAGAGAAUCUACCUUGCAUGCAGGCGACCGUGUCCUUGUGAAAAAUGUGGGCAUAAGAGGAAAACAUAAGCUUGCUGACAAAUGGAGUAAUACAGUCUAUCAAGUGGUCAAGCAGAUAAAUGAUUCCCCUGUUUAUGUAUUAAAGCCUUUUUCCGCAAAUGGUCCUGAAAGAACUCUUCACCGAGAUUUGCUUUUGCCCUGCGGAUUUUUGACUUCCUAAAAUUCAUCAGAUGAAAUUGACAAACCUGAGAGUGAGGAAAGGAUCCCUUGUCCUGGAGAGACAUUUGAAAUGAUUGAAUCUGACUUUCCAGAUGAAACUGUCCAAGAAUCAGUCCUAGACCAUGAUGCAGCAUAUGUAGAUUAUUAUUACCCCCAAGCCACACCAGACCCACCAUAUCCUACCAUUACCAUUAUUCGAGAAUUACCUUACAAAAACUCCACAGAUGAGGAUACCAGUCUGACCACACUGAACCCUAAUGCAAAGCCCUUUGAACCUUCAGAAAACAGUAAUGAUGUGUACUUACCUGAGGAAACCCUGAAAAAAAACAAUUUGUUUGAAACAAAUACGGAAAACUUACCUGUUGAGGAACUGGAUCCCAAAGUUGUGGAUGCUGAUGAUGCGUCUACUGGAGAGCUGAUCCUAAAUAGUACUGAACCUGUUGAACAGAAACAUGAUGAAACAGAAAAUAAACCAGAAAAUAGUGAAACUGUAAAUGUGGACAUUGAGGCUGAGAACAAUGAUAUACCUGUUCCAGAAGUGCCAGAACUCAGACGUUCUGCAAGACAUAGGGAACCACCUGACAGAUUAAACUAUAAGUCAUUAGGAAGUCCCUUAGUGCUAGUCAUGCAUUCCCUACUAAGUGGGUUAGACAAAGCAUUUUCUCAGGCCCUUGAACCAAAUGAUUUCCCUGAGCUUAGGUUGUUUGCUCCUGAUAAAUCAAUUAUUAUGUAGAUAGACUACAUGCGAGGACGCAUGCAGGUUCAGGAGGGGAGGAUGUAACCCCUUUAAAUUGAACACUACUUUCAUGUGUAAUUUAAUUUGUGAAACAUUUUUGAUUUGUACAUUUUGAAAGAGACUCAUGUAAUUGGUGCAGUACCAUUCCAGCCCACUAGAGGGCAGUUGACUUAAGUGUAUUGAGUGAACUGGCUGCUUUUAGUUCAGAUGAAGAAGCCAGCUGGACAUGCAUCCAUGAGGUCGGAGUGAUGUUCCAGAAAAAAUCACUUAAUCUUAAUAUUUUUUAUGUUAAAAUGUGUUAAUUCUCUACUUAAUGAUGUUAUAAAUCAUUCAGGUUGGAGAUGCAUCCCAGAUCUGAUAAAAGAUUUGAUUUUUUCGGUUGAUUUACCGUGUUUCUUUAUGAGAACUCUGAUUGGGUUUUAUGAGUGGAUUUUGAUUCUGCAUCGUGACCUACUUUUGAUUGGCGAGCCAGAGCCCUUUUUGAUCUACACACGUGGAGUGAACCCACGCCCCCUUGUGGAUUUACGGGAUAUAACAGCUAAGCUGUGAUCUCACACACUUUGUACACACUACCCGGGUAGAAAAAUUUACAAAAAGGCCUUUACACACAUUCACAUUGAGAACUGUUUCAACACACAUGGAUAUCUGAGGACCGUAUAUAUACACAGGAUACAAGAGACUUGGGGACAUUUAAUUUUAUUUUUAUUUCCUCUUUAUUCUAUCUUGAGCUCAAUAUCAAGCACUUUCUCCCACCCUUAAUUGUGGUAUUAAGAGUAUCUGUUUAAAUUGUGGGAAUAGUUAUUUCCAAAGUUUUUUCUGAAUUUUCAAUUAAAAUGCCGGCUGUUAAAUUUCAUUUAUAA